CUCACUUCCCAUGGAGAAAACACUGCAGCUGCUCCCUACUCUGACACAGGGCCAAUAUCAGUCUGCAGUACCUGUCCCCAACCUUGCCCUUUCUUCUGCAGAUAUCUCUGGUGUGCGCCUGGUAGGUGACCAAGGCCCCUGUGCGGGGCGUGUAGAGGUAUUUCUCCAGGGCAGGUGGGGCACUGUGUGCAGCCUGGGCUGGAGCACCACAUCCUCCUCCAUCCUCUGUGGCAGUCUGGGCUGUGGACCACCUCUAGAGACAUCAUCUAUGCCAGCAUCAGUGUCAGGCCACUCAUUGGCACUCCAUGGCCUACUCUGUGGCCCUGCAGACCGCAACAUCUCUCAGUGCAGCUCGUGGCUGUCGGACAGGAAGCUCCACGCUGAUGCAAAUGCCGUGGUGGUGGUCUGCUCAGACACAGAGGAUUUGUCAGUUGGUCCAUCCCACCGCCAUGUCUUCUACUUUUGGAGCUCCUGGAUUUUCCGCCUGUUGAUCGCCAUGGCUGUGUUUGUGUCCAUUCAUCUUGGGACCCACCUGCUGCUUGUCUCCCAGAAACAAAAUUAAGAUCACAGUCAAAGCUCCUGGGGGGACUGGAUGACUCAGAACACCCAGGGGAUGGGAUAUGGAGCUUUUCAUCUCUUGGUCCCCUGUUUCGCUGUAGCCCCAGGUCAAGAAGUCUGGGUAGUUCAGUAUGAUUACAGAAUGGAAUAUGACUAAACCAUUUUGCUUGGAAUCAUGGGAGCCUAGGUUAGUAGAGCUGCUCAGGGACUAGAAUUUUUGCUCUGUGAAAAAUUUUAAAAUUUGUUCUCAUUCUAAAUCAGAAUUUUCCACAGAACAC